AUGGUGAGUUUUUUCCAAGUAUUUUUUCUAAGUAUAUCCAUCUUCUCGAAAUAUCUACAUAGUUUUUUGUUCAAGUGUUUUCUUCUCCUCUCAAUUACCCAUAACGAAUACCAACCAGUUCGUCCAAACAAAUCCUUUUGACAUAUUUUGACACCUCAACAAUUAUUAUUAUUAUCCCUUUUUUCUUCAAAAGUUCUGGUAACUCCUUCACUCAUUAAAUAAAUAGCAAUAUGGCUGGCCGAGUCGUUCGCUAGUCCACGCUCAUAUUUUCCUCUUUAUCUCUGCGCUUGCGCACUUUCUCCUCACUAUUUCGCACGAAAAUGUCCUACUUCUCUCUUAUAUCUAUUUAUAUAUGCAUUUUACUAUACUUAAUGAAUUUUUUUGGUUGUUGAAAAGAAUGAAUCGAUGUUUUAUUUUCCAAAAAAAAAAACAAACAACAUUUAUCGAUUUUUAUUUUGAGUAAAAGUUCUUUCAGAAAAUGGACCCAUUGGAAUCACCUGUAAGUAGCUAAACUCUGUUUUUCUUCCCUUAAUGUGUUAACACAAUAACCAAAAUUUGAAAUAAUGUGAUAUUUAUAAUAAAAUAAAACAUCGUUUAUGAUAAUUCGUGUGUUCCCCUCCUUUUGUCUUCUUCUCACACUUUCUGUGCUGCUUACUCUCUAGCCUAUGUAUAUGUUUUUCAAUAAAAAAUAUUGAAAAUAUAAAAUAAUAUUUAACAAACACUUUCAAUGCAUUACUAUCCCUACUACUAUUCUUUUCGCAACAAAAAUGGAGUUAUUAAUAUUAUUCAGCCGAUGGAUCAACAACAACAGCAAUAUGUAUCACCGGGUGGACCGAUUAGACCACCUCCACAAAUUCAGCAAAUUCGAUCAUCGCCAUAUCCACAACAACCACCACAAAUAAGACCAGGACCGCCACCGCCUCAACAACAACAUUUCUCACCUCAAACAUUUGGGCAAAAUAAUCAAGUAGGUUUUACAUUUAUUUAUUUUUACUUUCGCAAAAAAUCAAUUUUUCCAUAAUAUUUUGAAGCUUAAAGUUUUUAAUUAUUCUCAUUAAAUAUUCUAAAAAAAUAUCAUAUGUUUUCAUUAAAAUGAGAUAUUCAUUUCACAUAACAAAAAUACGUUUCAAACUUUUUUGAAAUAAAUUAUUCAAAUUUUUUAAAAAUUUAGCCAAUUCAAAUGCAUCGACCACCAAUGCAUAUGCAAAUGCAACCAAUUCAACCUCAACCUCCACAACAACCCCGAUUUCAAAUGCAACCUUUACAAAUUCCACAACAGCAACAACCGCCGCAACAAUCCCAACCACAAUUUAUUCCACCUGGUCCUCAAACAAUGCAAAUUAAUAUGCAAUCAACGGGAAGUAUAAUGGAAAAAUCGAAAUUGGAUGAUAUUAUGACACAAAUCAAUAAAAAUAUUAUAUUGGAAGAUGGUGUGAAAGAUGCGCUUGUUGAAUAUGCUGAUGAUUUUGUGACAUCGGUGAGAUUUUUUGAAUAAGAAAAAUGGUUGGUCUUGGAGACCUCAACAAUUAAUAGUUCUUCUGAGUUUUUUGCUGAGCCUGCUUGAUACCUGAAUUUUGAAAUCUUAAAAAUUUAAGUUUUCAACUUCUCCAUCCAAAAGUACACGAUGUCCUCUAAAAAAUCAAUUUCUCCUUCAACCCGUUUUUUAUUCUCAGAUAAUCGAUAAAGCAGUGACUGUAAUGAAACUUCGAGAUAGUAAACGAGUCGAAGGUCGAGAUAUCGAAUUUAUUCUCAAGAAUGUCUAUAAUAUGCCUACUGUUCCUCGUGCAAGUGUUCACAUUUUUGGCCAACCAGAAACAAUCGAUUUAGGAAAAGAGAAACAUAUUCCCACAGAGGCGCAUAAACAACGAUUGGCUCUUGUCAAAAAACAAGUUCGCAAAAUUUAG